UGAAUAAUCAGCAUCCGACAGCAUCUCGUUCUGGAUCUGUGUAGAGUGAUUUGUACCAACAUUUGUCCUGCAAAUUUGUUCCUAAGUGCAGCUCUGAAGAUAAUAGGCCUAAUAGUCAAAUAGUUUAUUCCUAAGUGGAUCUCUGAAGAACAGCCAUCUAAGUAGCAGUUCAAGCUGAUUGAGGUCAACCUGUGCAGGGGCGACACCUAACAACCAUGUUUACGAUUUCCGCUAUCAGCCACAAUUCCUCAAAAGGGAAUGACGCGCCUCUGGGAGGCAUGCACCUUAACGCCAUCAACGGUUCCUCUGAUACUUUCGGCGCCAACUCUCUAGGCGGAGGGAGCUACUUCAACCAGCCAAAAGCCAACGGCGGCUUGUUUGGGUCAAGCUUGUCGGACAGCCCGCUGUACCGCCCCGUGGACGCUGGUUCAUCUUACUUAAACUACAGCCAACCGGCCACUUUGCCAUCUCCAACAGUGUGUGAAACGAAAGAAGAGAGUGAGUGCAGGGCCACGUCUGCCUACUUGUACCAGACGACAUCGCGUCAGAGGCAAGCGCUGGAGUGCCUGAGAGAUUCUCUGAAGUUGUCUCCGGAUGUGCCGCGUCGUCACAGCCUCGAUUUAGACAAAUCGUCCAGCAAUCGUCAGUAUAACGAAGAACUUCUGCUGUCUCUUGACGAGCUGGACCUUGACCUUGCAUCAUUAAAUCUGACUGAGAUGGACACUAGCGUAGAGAACGACCUCAUGUCUGACAGGCAGACAACUGACGCAACUAAACGCCGAAGAUACCACACAACAGACUCAGCUACGGCGGAAAGGGCGAUCAAACUAUUGGCCAGGAUCAAAGAAAAUCGCCAAGAGAGAAGUAACAAAGCCAGCAAAACCCGCGACGUUGAUGACGUCACCCAGGGCAGCUCAUCCUCCAAGGUAGCAUCCGGAAGCUCCCGUCACGGAGUGCAACGCCAUUGGUCGGAGGCUGGUCAACAAAAAGAUAAGAGCCAGAGCGAAGUGCGGAGACCAAAGGACAAAAAACUCGUAUCUCGGUCUAGUUUUGAUUAAGAUGGAAGAUCCACUGAUCGAUAGUUGUGGAUUGAAGAUAUGGAAAUGGAUUGGCUUUUUUUUUUUUAUCUUUGAACUGUUUGUGCGCAUUUCCAGUACUCACGCUAGGACACGCUAGUCCAGGUCCCACCAGCAAUGUGACAAGUUGGCAAAGAAAUAGGAAAUAAAUAAUGUUUUGGUUGAUCCUCUUUCUACUCUAUUACAUUCCCAUUGUUUUUCUUGACUAAGUCCGGUCUACAAUGUAAAUAUCCGAAUACUUACCUUACUCUGCUUUUAGACUAGUCUAAAGCUCUUUCAUCUCUUCCCAACAAGCUAUUUUUUCCAAUAAUUACUUCUGUCUCUCUCUCUCUCUGUGUCUCUUAUUCAAUCUUUUCCUCUCAAUGUAUUCUCUAUUUCUCUCUUAUAAGCCAACACAUACAACCGCUGUCAUUAUCAGUUCUACUUUUAUUCUUUCUAUCUACUCUAUCAUGCAAGUUACUGAAGCUCCGGGACAUAACCUAGUUUAAUGUCUACAUACAUUCAUUCUUUGUAAAGCAAAAUGUUUAGGACAUAAUAUUUUUUGUUCACAUUUUAAAAAAUAUUUUAUAUUCUACAUCAUGUAUUUGGGGGCGCGCUGGUUAAGUGCUUGGUUUCCAAACCUGGAGUCUUGGGUUCGAAUCUCGGUGAAGAAUGGGAUAUUGAAUUAUGGGAUUUUCGGGGCGCCCCCGAGUCCCAGCUCUAAUGGGUACCUGACUUUAGUUGGGGAAAGUAAGGACGGUUGGUCGUUGUGCUGGCCACAUGACACCCUGCUCGUUAACCGUUGGCCAAAGAAACAUAUAUCUGCCCUAUAUAUCACAAGUUCUGAAAGGGAAACUUAACUCUCAUGUAUUUAGUGAUGGCUUGUUCUCUUACUUUGUAUGUUCUGUUUCUCUUCAUAAUGUCCUCGCAUCAUUUUGACAUAAAAACUAUUUAACACUUGAGAUAUGAGUUCUAUCAAUGAGGAUGAACUAGAUAUUCGGCUGGCCGAACUAUCCAAGCAUCUCUCAAUAUGUCCUUUCAGACCCCGAUGAAUGGUCCAUAAAUUUUAGCCAUGAAACAUGUUUUAACUAGCCCGGAGUUGAAUCAAGUACGCAAGAGCUCAGAAUGUGGUUCUGUUGUCAUGGUUAGCCUGUGUUGUCAUGGAUUAGCCUGUGUUGUCAUGAUUAGCCUGUGUUGUCAUGUCAUGAUUAGCCUGUGUUGUCAUGAUUAGCCUUUGCUGUCAUGAUAGAGACGUCUUGAAAUACACAUCAUUGUUACCGAGACUGUCUUUGUAUGUUCAGCUGGUUGUGUUUGUUGGUAUUUAGACAUAUGGUUUGUUUCGUUGAAUGUAUGACUCUGUGGAUAGUUACAUUCUAGGUGUGUUUUUUUUUUCUUUAAAUUGUGAGAUUGAACUGUGGUGUUUGUCUAUAGCCCAUAGACAUACAUACACACACACACAAGUAUGGUGGCGGUGUGUAUAGCCUAUAGACAUAUGUACACACGAACAAGUGUUGUGAUGUUUGUUAAAUGGCUGAAAAAAGUUUGAAAAUAUUUGAAACUAUGAAAAUGCGAGAGAGAGCUACUUUAUUAAAUCAGUAAAAUUAAUUUUAGUGAGUCUUAGUGGCGUGACUCUUAAUAACGUGAGUCUUAGUGGCGUGACUCUCAAUGACGAGAGUCUUAGUGGCGUGACUCUCAAUGACGUGAGUUUUAGUGGCGUGACUCUGAGUGACAUGAGUCUUAGUGGCGUGACUCUCAUUGACGUGAGUCUUAGUGGCGUGACUCUCAAUGACGUGAGUUUUAGUGGCGUGACUCUCAAUGACGUGAGUUUUAGUGGCAUGACUCUCAAUGACGUGAGUUUAGUGGCGUGACUCUCAAUGACGUGAGUUUUAGUGGCGUGACUCUCAAUGAGGUGAGUUUUAGUGGCGUGACUCUCAGUGACAUGAGUCUUAGUGGCGUGACUCUCAAUGACGUGAGUCUUAGUGGCGUGACUCUCAAUGACGUGAGUCUUAGUGGCGUGACUCUCAAUGACGUGAGUUUUAGUGGCGUGACUCUCAGUGACAUGAGUCUUAGUGGCGUGACUCUCAUUGACGUGAGUCUUAGUGGCGUGACUCUCAAUGACGUGAGUUUUAGUGGCGUGACUCUCAAUGACGUGAGUUUUAGUGGCAUGACUCUCAAUGACGUGAGUUUUAGUGGCGUGACUCUUAAUGACGUGAGUUUUAGUGGCGUGACUCUCAUUGACAUGAAUCUUAGUGGCGUGACUCUCAAUGACGUGAGUUUUAGUGGCGUGACUCUCAGUGACAUGAGUCUUAGUGGCGUGACUCUCAAAGACGUGAGUCUUAGUGGCGUGACUCUCAGUGACAUGAGUCUUAGUGGCGUGACUCUCAAUGACGUGAGUUUUAGUGGCGUGACUCUCAGUGACAUGAGUCUUAGUGGCGUGACCAUCAAUGACGUGAGUCUUAGUGGCGUGACUCUCAAUGACGUGAGUCUUAGUGGCGUGACCCUCAAUGACCUGAGUCUUAGUGACGUGACUGAGUGACGUGAGUGAAUGAUGUGAGUCUUAGUGACGUGACUCUCUGCUUAGGAGAUUGUUUACAUCUUGAACUGAGCUUUUUCAGUCCGUCACGAAUGUCUAUUUAUAGAAAGCGAUGCUUGCAGACUGCUCACUAACAUGUAUUUAAUGAUUAUCAUUCCAUAAUGAUUUAUAAAUAGAUUUCUCAUGACAUGAUUGACAAAUUGGAAGGCCAAUGUUUUGUUCUCCUGGUUGCACUUUACCACUAAAAUCAAUUUAACUGCACAGUUUCAUGCUUUGAAAAUCAAUAGUGCCGUCACUAACUGUCACUAAAUGUCAAGAUGUGUUUUUGUUUUGAAAUUAUUUAUUUCGUUUGAACAAAAAGAGAUGAUGACAUGCUCACGAUUUUUUUUUUGUUCUGCUUCAUCUUGAAUCAAAUCAUGAUCACGUUCUUUAAAUAUUUCAUGCUUGUAGCUCCUUUAAGCAUCGAAAAUAGCACGCAAUCAAUACUCGACUAAAUGUGUGCAUAUUGCUGGUCCAAGUUAUAUUGAUAUUUGUUUAUGCAUUGACUGAAACCUCUAGUAUUGAUAGGUAUCAUUUUAAAAGGCCAAUGUCUUCUUUAUGUGUAGGCUUUGUAUUGCUAGACAUCAUUUAGAAAGUCCAUUAAGUCUUCUGUUCAUUUGUUACGGUUUCCUAGGUCUACUUUUUAGUUCAAUGCUGUGCAAGUGAGACGUAUUCUUUACCAUGUCCUGAAGGUUUUAGGUCAAUGCUGUGCAAGUGAGACGUGUUCUUUACCAUGUCUAGAAGGUUUUAGGUCAAUGCUGUGCAAGUGAGACGUGUUCUUUACCAUGUCUAGAAGGUUUUAGGUCAAUGCUGUGCAAGUGAGACGUGUUCUUUACCAUGUCCUGAAGGUUUUAGGUCAAUGUUGUGCAAGUACGACGUGUUCUUUACCAUGUCUAGAAGGUUUUAGGUCAAUGCUGUGCAAGUGAGACGUGUUCUUUACCAUGUCCUGAAGGUUUUAGGUCAAUGCUGUGCAAGUGAGACGUGUUCUUUACCAUGUCUAGAAGGUUUUAGGUCAAUGCUGUGCAAGUGAGACGUGUUCUUUACCAUGUCUAGAAGGUUUUAGGUCAAUGCUGUGCCAGUGAGACGUGUUCUUUACCAUGUCUAGAAGGUUUUAGGUCAAUGCUGUGCAAGUGAGACGUAUUCUUUACCAUGUCCUGAAGGUUUUAGGUCAAUGCUGUGCAAGUGAGACGUGUUCUUUACCAUGUCUAGAAGGUUUUAGGUCAAUGCUGUGCCAGUGAGACGUGUUCUUUACCAUGUCCUGAAGGUUUUAGGUCAAUGCUGUGCAAGUGAGACGUGUUCUUUACCAUGUCUAGAAGGUUUUAGGUCAAUGUUGUGC